AUGUUUGUUAAAAAAAAGGUGGUGGUGCUGCUGCGAUCCAACUUUCUAAAGCCUUUUCCGUUUCCUUCCCUUCCAGCGUCAACUCUGCCCAUCGAUUUUUCUGCUUCAUUACCAAUGCAAAUUCCGCCUCUUUUCUUUUUUUAUUUUUUAAAUCGUGAACAUUGCCUAAUAAACGGGCUGAAAUGUUCCCAGCAUUUGAGGUGGCGGAAAAGGGGUCUGCAGGGUGUGCUUUUCUCGUUUUCACGCAUGCAUCACGCUCGUGGGCUCGUGAGGCGGUCAUCCACCGCUAUCCUUCGGAAAUUGGAAGGUUUAUCCGCCCCACACGGUGUUUCGACGUGUUUUCUUGAUGCUUCCUUCAUCGACGGCUCAGGCACAAGGGUGAAGUUGCAACUACUACAUACUGCUGCGUUAUUACAAGUUCUGAGUGAACUCCCUAAAACCGAAGCGUUAGCUCAUGUACGGGAGGCUAAGAGGAUCUCUGCGGCGUCAUUGUCGCCGUCGUCCCUUACUUUCGGUACGGAAGCAUUGUUUAAUGUGGAACAGCGCGCGCCGCUUUUUGUAAAGCGCAGCGCCGCUGCUGCGGUUGCCGAGCUGGCGAGUCGCCAGUCACGGUUUCUCUCGAAAGUGGAGGGACGUUUAAUGGCUCACGAUCUCAAGCUUGUGGAAGCCUUUACCAAGGAACUGCUGCAAAAAGGAGGUAAGUAUACCGAUAAUGAGAUAGCACAAUACCGCGGUGUUGUGGAGGAACUUUCUAAACUUAAUCCGGCUGCCGCACUCGCCAUGGCAAUGAAUGCGGAACUCCCCUCACUUGGGAGUGCCGCAGCAACGGCUCUGGCACGUCUGGUACGGCUUGAUAAGCCUGCCGCUGUUUUAUCGUUUCUAGAGGGGUUUGCAGCAAAGGAUGAGGUGGCACCAGCGUCAGAGACAUGUGCCACUCAAGUGGCCAUACGAUUGCGCAACAGACUGUGGGGUUUGGGAGAUGCAACGGCUACCGCAACCUCCAGGACAAGCCCUGCGCCGGAUGCGUGUGCCACAGCCUCUGCAGUGCAGGAGAGAACAGCUGUGCGCGAAUCGAUUGUCGUGGCGUGUCGUUUCAACAUUGACCCCAGUAUAGUUUUCCCAACAGAUGCUGCAGCCAUUCAGCGCUGGAGUUGCCAAUUUCUUAGCGAUACUAUGUGGCCGUUGGAGAGAGCAGAAGUUAUUACAGAUGUGAUCUGUCGCAAGCGGUUGCUUCCACGCCGUGUUGCUGUCGACUGCCUGAGCAACUGGUGCCUUACUGAUCUGGAGCGGCCGUGGUUUUCCUCUGCCUUUGCCAUAGGUGGGGCUGGUGAAACAAAUACACAGGCGGAAAGGGAAGUUUCUACGAAUGUUGACGAAGCUGUUGUGUACUGCACGGCAUUGUCGUGUGCUUUAAAAGAUCCAAAGCGCAACCUCGUAGACAACCGCCUGUUACUUCAGUAUGCCAAGUUGUUGAGUGAGGGUGAGUUGGAUCCCAGCCACUCAAGUUUCCCUCACUUCAUUGAAGAGUGUGGUGAGUCCCACUCGGAUCUCGAGCGACCAGCGGAGAUUAGUUUUCUUCUGCAGCUGACCGACCGGUCAGUCAUGGAGCAGUUGCUCGCGCUAGCACCGCACUGUUCCUACUGGAGGACGCUAUUGGAGAAGAGACCAGAGUGUGCAGACAUUGGUGCCGCACCGGAGGGCCAUAUGCGUGUAGUAGUGAGACUUCCCCCCGAACACGAAUGCGUAAGAGCCGCCGAGACAAUGCGUGCGGGAGAUCCCUUAAAAUCCCCCCUGCCAAUUUUCCCAGUUGUAUACGAAGAUGAUGAUCUUUUGGUCAUCAACAAGCCACCGCAUGUGGCGACUUCGCGUCAUGCCCUCAGCUGCUCUCAGUUGUGUGAUGAUAAAGCAACAGAUAUUGUUUCAUUGCAAUUAACCUGCAAGAAACGUGGGGAUGUGAUGAGGCGCGUUUUCCGCCAAGGCCAGGUUCAUCGCUUGGACACGGAAACUAGCGGGUGUCUCAUCAUGGCAAAAAGUGACGUAGCGGCGUCGUCGCUGCGUCACCAGAUGGGGACUAGCGCUGCCUAUUCACAGUCCAGUAAGAUAUACCUUGCGCUUUGUGCCGUUGUGGAGUCAAACCUCACAAAUAUACCACUGAAUGGGGUCCUGCGUGAUCCGGCGGAUGCGAAGAUAACAACCAAGUAUCGUAUUGUGCACUUUUAUAAGCGUUUCCGCGUGGCACUCGUGGAGGCCCGGAUUCAGCAGGGAAAAAAGCAUCAGAUACGUCGGCAUUUAGCGGCGGUAGGACUUCCCAUAUUGCAGGACGUGGAACAUGGUGGGGCCGCUUGCUGUUCCCCCCUCCUACAGCGUGUGGCUUUGCACGCCUCUUCUGUCACUGUGGUCCAUCCUCGUACAGCCGAAGUCCUCACAUGUGUCGCUCCGUUGCCAGAGGAUAUGCGAAGUGCCAUUUUUCGUCUGUCCUGUGAGUGA